CCCGGAAGUGCCUUCCCUCCUCUCGGGUUCGUGCGGACGCGGCCUCCUUACCUCAUUUGUCCUCGCCCCUCCCCGUUCCUCUACGCGCUGAGGUUCCUGGUUGGUGCUUCCUGGUCGCAGCCGCGGCAGUUGCUUUGUCGUGGUUCCCAAGCUUCUAUUUCAACCAGAAGUCAACACUUCUUUGUUUAAACAUUGAUAUCCCAGUUUCCAUAAUGUUUGGUGGUUAUGAGACCAUAGAAGCAUAUGAAGAUGACCUUUAUCGAGAAGAGUCGUCUAGUGAGCUGAGUGUUGAUAGUGAGGUGGAAUUCCAGCUCUAUAGCCAAGUCCAUUAUUCCCAGGAUCUUGGUAAUGACAUCAGGGAGGAAGAACAUGGAGAAAAAAACUGUGGAGAUUCUGAAACGUCAAGUAGUGAUAAACCAAAUCAGAACUUAAUUGUCCUGUCAGAUAGUGAGGUCAUUCAACUAUCAGAUGGGUCAGAGGUCAUCACCGUGUCUGAUGAAGAUAGUAUUUAUAGAUGUAAAAGAAAAAAUACUAAACUCCAAGCACAAGCAAAGACCAAAGGUCCUCCUGCUUCUUCUCAUUCUAAUGAAUUGGCUAAGAAAUGCAAAGGGGAUAACGAGAAGCCUGAACCUGAGGAAAGGUCAAGUGUGAUCCGAGAAGUCAUGAUUAUAGAGGUCAGUUCAAGUGAAGAGGAAGAGAGCACCGUUUCUGAAAGUGAAAACGUGGAAAGUUGGAUGCUGCUGGGAUGUGAGGUAGAUGACAAAGAUGAUGAUAUCCUCCUCAACCUCGUGGGAUGUGAGCACUCUGCCACUGAAGGAGAAGGUGAUGUAAACUGGUUCAUCAGUGACAAAGACAUAGAGGCCAAGAUAGGUAAUAACAGACCAUCUGGAAGAUGGACCCACCGAUAUUAUUCAGCCAACAAAAACGUCACCUGUAGAAAUUGUAACAAAUGUGGCCAUUUGUCAAAAAACUGCCCUUUACCACAAAAAGUCCGCCCUUGCUGCCUCUGCUCAGAGAGAGGACAUCUCCAGUACGCCUGUCCAGCCCGCUUCUGCUUAGACUGUUCUUUACCCAUGUCUUCUGCUCACAGAUGUCUUGAGAGAUCUUCUUGGAGAAGACGAUGUGACCGAUGUGAUAUGAUAGGCCACUAUGCUGAUACUUGCCCAGAAAUCUGGAGGCAGUAUCACCUAACGACUAAACCUGGACCACCCAAAAAACCAAAGACCCCUUCUGGACAAUCAGCAUUAGUGUAUUGCUACAACUGUGCACAAAAAGGCCAUUAUGGACAUGAAUGUACAGAGAGACGAAUGUUUAACCAGACAUUUCCAACAUCUCCAUUCAUCUACUUCUAUGAUGACAAAUAUGAAAUCCAGGAGAGAGAAUGGAGAAUAAAACGAAAAGUAAAAGAACUCCAGAAAAAUGGAGAUUUUUCAAGGCCAUUCAAGAGACCUCAUAUAGAAGCAUCAGCUAAGAGGCACCGCCAUGACAUGAAGAAGAGCCACGGCUCGAGGAGAAGCAGCAGGCGGUCUCAGGCGGACAGAGCAGCCCCGAGAGAACCGCACGGGUGUGGAGAGGGCAAGAAGCUCUGCAGCGCCGACAGGCACCGAGAAGCGGAUAGAGACUUUCCUAGGGGCGCUAAAGCCCAGUCUUCGGGCAGUGUAAAAGCCCAGAAACCCUCCAAGUCCUUUCACCGCUCAGCGCAUUACCACAAGCUUCGAGAAGAAAAGCUUGCUAGAGAGGGCAAGCGAAGCAAGGAGAAGAAAAAGGAGAGGCACGUGGAAGAUGAUGACAAUGACAACCUAUUUCUUAUUAAGCAGAGGAAAAAAAAAUCCAAGCUGUGAGACACUUCUGGUCAGCCUUCCAGUGCUCGUUGGGGCUCUAUACCAAGAGCAUCUAGCAGCGUGCUUAUUUUCUGUGAUCUGACGAAGGGAAGUUUUUGGUUGUGAUCGCUUCAUUUCAGCAGUACCUAAAGUUGCUGAACAAAGGCCCAGAAACCUCAGUUCUUUGUGUUCAACGGGUGUUUAUUAGGUAGGAAAACAAGAAGACAAGAGUUGGUCUGCAGGUCCAGUAUCAGUUUUACUAGGUAUAGGACAAAUAAAUCAUUACAAGAAAAAAUUUUACACUUCGAAAAAUAUGAAAAGAUCAUCAAAUGUAAUUAUUUGCAACGUGAAUGUAAAAAUUAAAAUCUUGUAGGACAAGAAAUUAUUACUAAUAAGAAAAAAUUCACUCAUUCUUAGCAUUCUUUUAAAAGAAACAUAUACACAAGCAUUAGAAAGAACAAUGAAAAUCCAAAUCCAGUUUUCUUGCUUCUGAAGCUGAUGUCAGAAUCUUUCUUUAGGCAGAAUAUCAGGGGCUGAUGGUGAGAAUGAAGGUGUCAUCAAAACUGAGACAAGGAAUGAGGCAAUAGCAAGAUAGAGAUAAGAAAUCUGUCCAGUACAAGACAGAGCUCUUGAGAGAAGUGAGAGAGUUAUGAACAUGAAAAUACCACAGUGAACCAGUUUAGACCAUUUCACAGCCACUUUUCAAGAAUACUGUCUUAUCACUUUAGAGGUAGAGGUAAAUAUUAUCCAACUUAAUUGGUUUGUUUUCAUGGAUUUUUUUAACUACCACAAAACUAUUCAGAAUUUUUUUGUACUUGUGAAUCUUUUGUACUUACCAAAGCUUAAUGUUAGAAUAAGACAAAAUAAAAUGCUGGAAACAAGA